AUGGCUAAACUUGCUGUGAUCUUCGCUUUCUUGUUCUCAACCGCGUUAGUAGCACAGGCAGCAUCUGGCGCCAACUCCGUUGGUCAUGUGGACCGUCAACUGACAUGUAGUACCAUCUGCUUCACCCUUCGAGGAGCCGAAGAACGCGCCGAAAUCGACUGCCGUCGCAGAGGGCCUGGCUGUGCAGUAAUUCCCUGUGAACGAAGCGGACGAACCGGUUUCACUUGUGGAGUCGCUCCGACCCCGACCCCGUCUCCGUCCCAGAUCCCAAUUUCCGAGGGCCCAAUUAUGGUCCCCACCAUCCUUCAGUUCCCACCCGAGAUCGAGAUUGGUGGUACCAUCAAUGUUACGAUUGAGGUUACUGUUGAUGACCUUUCCAGCUCCACGAUGGAAGACUUCUAUUUGCUCUCCGAUGCGACCGGCUCUAUGGCUGAAGAAAUUACGGAAGUACAAGAGAACUUUGAUAUGCUCGUCGACGCAAGAAGGAAUGCAUCUGGAGACGUAGCCUUUGGGGUUGGUUUCUACAGAGACGAAGAGGACAUUCCGCCCUUCGAGAACUUGCAGUCUCUUACCACAAAUCUCGGACUUGUCGAUACAGCCAUUGCUUCGCUCAACGCAGUCGACGGUGGGGACAUCCCAGAGGCCAACUUGUUUGCAAUCAGUGAGGUUGCCACUAAUCCAUCUAUCGGAUGGAGGGAUGGUUCUCGAAAAAUCUUAGUUUACUUUGGUGAUGCACCGGGUCAUGAACCGACCUGCCCUGCUGACAGUGUGCCUCUCACCCGUGAUGUUGUCGUUGACCAGUUGAAUGAGAUUGGUAUCGCCGUCGUCGCUACUAACUUCGCCGCGAGUAACACUGAAGGGCUUAACGCAGCCACGACAAGCGCGACUGGUACUAAUUUCGGUUGCCCUGGUCCAGUCGUAAACAGCCCUUCAGGCCAAGCCGACGCUAUCACGAGCGGGACUCUCGGAUCAAUCCGCAGGAUCGCCGACUCUGACGCUGGAAGUCUUAUUGAUCAAAUUCUUGACGCUGUGACAGCUCUCCCUCAAGAGCUCUCUGUUUCGACAACCGACUGUGAUGGAAGGGUCGCAAUCACUUUCAGGCCGGACCUUCCGCUUCUCAUUGCAGCCGGUGAGACAAGGUCGAUUGUUGAGGAAGCGACAAUUCUGCCGGGUGCUUGCGAGUUCCCAGACGGCUUCACCUGCGAAAUUAACCUCAAUCUGAGCGGGGUCGGCGUGAGGCAGACGAUCGCUACCACCUCAAUUGCUGGCUGCGUCCCUGGUGACGGGUUCCCGUAAAACAUUCUAUCGCAAGGUCAGGAACAGACGGGGAAGUUGCCACCGUGGCAGGAGCUGUAGUCUCUCCAUGCAUCAUAUUCAUGCAGUCGGCUGGGCUUCUGCUCGUGCGGUAUGGCGACGUUUUCCAGUCGUACAGCACUCAGCCUUACAAAAUUAGGAUAGAAGCUCAAAGUUGAGUAACUCCCCAUGAUGACCAGAGAGACUUCUCAACGGGCUCGCUAGCGCAAAUUAAAAGAAUAAUGUACGAAUCCACGGUUGCUCCCUGUGGUUCCAUCCAGAUAGGUCAGCACAGUAGAUAAGGCACAGCCACAUAGGGCACUACAACUCAGCAGAUAAAGUCACCGCCGGCCGCCCUCCCCCCCAGAGGAGAGAGGGCCAUCGGUGUUCAUGGCAUCACA